AUGAUGAAUAAAUUUGAGCUGGUGGGAGGGUUCUACUUUCCCGAAUAUGGUCGGCGUAACCCAGGAAACUCUCUAUGCUGUGGUACGGACAACUUCUUGCCAACCUCUUGCCAGCGGCGCUCUAAUGGCGAUUUUGACGUCGUGGUAAUGGAGGUCCGCCUCCGUGGAUCAGAGCCCGUCAUAUCCGUACCUGGUUGCACUGCUCUCGAAAUCGAAACGAGAUCGGCACUCAAAUUUAGAUUUAAAAAAAGUAGUCAAACAGGUCAUUGGAUGAGGCUCUUUCAAUACGCUUUAUUACCUGGCCUCAGCAUCGCCCAGUACUCAAGGUACUCUCACUCGACGCAGAAUGUGCCAGUGUGGUCAUUCCAUGGACCUCUCCUUCUUCAACGGAAGCAAAUGCCAGCGGGACCCCGGGAUAUAGUCCGUUUUGCCUUAGAGAAUGGAUCGUUCUUGAUUGGGACUGUCUACUCUUGGUGCGGUCCCUCUCUCGCUGUACCACCAAAGUUGCCGCUCUCCGUAUCCUUGACGCAAUCCCUGAUUACACCACGAACGUGUAGUUCGGAAUCUAGUCCACAGGAACCAUGGACCUACUCGGAGCAACCCGACACUGCAUUGGUACCGAUCAUCAAAUUCAUUCGGACUAGAAACGCCUUCCCGCAUGUACCUCUGUCGUUUCCUCCGCUAAAAUUGGCUCGGAAAAUUGGCGUGCACGGGCAUCGCGUUCACCUCGUUCAAUGGCGAGCAACUCCCGUCCCAGCCACCCUUCCCCCCCCUCAUCAAUGA